AUGAAUUGCUCGCUGCUAAGGAGAAGUCCGCUGGUGCAGCACAGCCUCGACUUGCGGCUCCGGAGUGUCCAGCUGAGGCACUGCCUCCAGCGGUUCUUCCUCAAUGCGGCGGUCCUGCUUCUGCUGCUGCUGGACAUCUGGCAGGUGCACUGCUCCUGCAACAGGACAUCCUUCUGGUUUGUGGCAGAGUGCUUCGCUUGUGUCGCGUUAGCUUUCAGUGCACUGGUAUGUUUGGGCAAGUACUUGUGGCUUUUAUCGGGUGAGCGUUUGGUCAGGGGAACGCAAAGCCAGAAGUAUCUCCUCGAUGGGAGGGAGAACGAAUUCGGAACGGUGUAUACACGCCCUGUGGCAAAGGCACCUGAUCCUUGGACUAGGAACGCCCGUCCCAUCGUCCAGUGGCACUCCUUCCUGAACAAAACCUGGGGAAGUGGGAGAAACGUGGGUUCCUUACGGGUGAAGUGGUAUCCGAAACCGUCGGUCUAUGAGGAGGCGCGACCGGAUGACUUCUGCUCCGACAUCCGGAAGCUGCCCGCUCUGAUGAAGCGAGCGGAGCAGGAUCGCAGAAUGGAGGAAGAUACAAAUAGUCCGAGCUUCUUGCUUCGCCACCGCUUUUUGACACACUCUUCCCAUUUGAAAAGCAUCCCCUACCAGUUGUCCGCAGUGCAAGAUGAAGGCCCGAUAGUCGUGGAGAACAGUGAAUUCCUCUCGCAGAACAAUCUGUUGCAGUGGGUGUCCAACCUGAGGUUCUGGAUUUCCACCACCAUACUCCACCGUUUGGUGAGGGAGAUCGACUUUGCGGAUAAGAUGUUCCGCAAACAGGGUCUCGGCAACCUGAGGAUCGGAGCCAUCAGUCUGGAGAGGCUGCGUGCGCUGGAAAGGGACAAGAAAUUCGUGGCGAAAUGCGUUCCCAUGCUGCCCGUUCUGCUCGCCUUCCUCGACUCCUUUCCCAACCAGGCGUACCUGGUGCAGCGCAUCAGGCAGCUCUCGAAGGGCACCCUCUUGGACGCCUACAAAUGGAACUCGGGAGGAACGAACCGCGGUCUGCCCAUAGUAUUCCACUUGCUGUGCGUCUAUCUGGACAGCCAGCUCCUGCCACAUCCACAUGGUGCCGGGCGACGUCCCUUCUACUCCCGGUACGUGGUGACUCGGAAAAUGGACAUCAGAUCCUGUUUAAGAAACAAGGCCAAGUGCGCCAUUUUGGCCACCGGCCGACAGCAGCGCCAUCUAGUGUUCAACUUUGUGAGAGGCAGGGAUUUGCUAGAUUGCGCUUACGACAAGAACAACCUGUUCUACGUAAUCCUCCAGUUCCUCUGCCACUUGCAAAAGGAGCAGGGAUCCGUGUUGGAGGGGGUCAGUCUGGGCAAAAGAGGGAUUAACAUUAUGAACGUUAUUCAAAGCGGAUAUGUCUAA